AAUAAAUUAAAUGACAUUCUGAACACAUGACUAUACGUUUUUUUGUUUACCCAUAUCUAAAAAUAUAAAUUAAAUAUCACACAAAUAUUAAAUAUUUUUUGAUUUAAUAAAAGCAUAUACCACCAAAAUUAAAUUAAAUUUUGUCUGCAAAAAACAUAAAAUAAAUCAAAAAUAUUAGAGCAUGGUAUCCAACUAUCCAUGUGACAGAAUUGGUUAUCCGGGCCGGAUCCAACCCGGUUCGGACAUAUAAAAACACUGGUUGCUAGCCAAUCGCCAUCAUCGCCUUAUCUUGUUGACUCUUCUUCUCAUCUCCUCUCAAAGCGCCCACCCACUCCGAUUACCACCAACUCCAUCUCCGACCGCGCAAAGAUGUCGGCAACACUCACAGGAUCAGGAACUGCCUUGGGUUUCUCCUGUUCCUCAAAGAUCCCAAAGAGACUCUCUCCCUCUCCCUCUCCGUCUCCUCGCUGCAGCAUCAAGAUGUCAGUCUCCGUCGACGAGAAGAAGAAAAGCUUCACCCUUCAGAAAUCCGAAGAAGCUUUCAAUGCCGCCAAGAAUCUAAUGCCUGGAGGUGUGAACUCCCCUGUUCGAGCCUUUAAAUCCGUUGGUGGGCAACCUGUUUUGAUUGAUUCCGUUAAAGGCUCAAAGAUGUGGGACAUUGAUGGAAACGAGUACGUUGACUACGUUGGAUCUUGGGGACCAGCUAUCAUCGGCCAUGCUGAUGAUGAGGUUCUUGCGGCUUUAGCUGAGACAAUGAAGAAAGGAACAAGCUUUGGUGCUCCUUGUCUCCUAGAGAAUGUUCUCGCUGAGAUGGUUAUAUCAGCAGUUCCCAGUAUUGAGAUGGUUCGGUUUGUUAACUCUGGAACCGAAGCUUGUAUGGGUGUGCUCCGUCUCGCAAGAGCUUUCACUAACAAAGAGAAGUUUAUUAAAUUCGAAGGGUGUUAUCACGGCCACGCCAACGCCUUUCUUGUUAAGGCAGGUAGUGGUGUAGCCACUUUAGGGUUACCUGACUCGCCUGGUGUGCCUAAAGCAGCUACUUCAGAUACUCUUACGGCUCCUUACAAUGAUAUUGAAGCUGUUGUGAAGCUUUUUGAGGCGAAUAAAGGAGAGAUCUCUGCGGUUAUUUUGGAACCUGUUGUUGGGAACUCUGGAUUCAUCCAACCUACUCAGGAGUUUAUCAAUGGGUUAAGGCAGGUGACUAAGGACAAUGGUGCUCUUUUGAUAUUUGAUGAAGUCAUGACUGGCUUUCGUUUGGCUUAUGGUGGAGCUCAAGAGUAUUUUGGAAUCACUCCUGACUUGACAACUCUUGGGAAAAUUAUUGGUGGUGGUCUUCCUGUGGGAGCUUAUGGUGGUAGACGAGAUAUUAUGGAAAUGGUUGCUCCUGCAGGACCAAUGUACCAAGCUGGGACUCUAAGUGGCAACCCGUUGGCAAUGACCGCAGGUAUCCACACGUUGAAGCGGCUUAAGCAGCCAGGAACCUACGAGUAUCUAGACAAGAUCACCAAGGAGCUAACCAACGGGAUUUUAGAAGCAGGGAAGAAAACAGGACAUCCAAUGUGCGGGGGUUACAUAAGUGGUAUGUUCGGUUUCUUUUUCGCGGAAGGACCGGUUUACAACUUUGCUGACGCUAAGAAGAGCGACACAGAGAAGUUUGGUAAAUUUUUCAGGGGGAUGUUGGAGGAAGGUGUUUACUUUGCACCGUCUCAGUUCGAGGCUGGGUUUACUAGCUUGGCUCACACUCCUGAGGAUAUUCAGUUUACCAUUUCUGCGGCAGAGAGGGUCCUUGGAAGGAUCUAGAAUGUUCUUGUUUUGUUUAUUUUAUCGGUAGCUUGAGAGUUUUGUAUGAUUAAAUAGACUUUAUGUUAUGGCGUAUUCUCCUGAAGAGUUAUUGUUUUAUGAUUUAAAUGGAUUUGUUUCUGUCCGAUUAUUGCGAAUAAGAUCGCACAAAUAAGUGUUACUAUUGAGUGCAAGUUUCAUACUAAAAUAAGUAACCACACUACACACUAGGGCUGGGCAAUCGGGGUCCCAAUCGGGUUUCGGUUCGGGUUCAUUCGG